CUUCUAGUAGAGAAGUAGAAUUAACCUAAAAUAUCACGUAACCGACUUUAAAUGGGAGUAGAAUUGUCCAAGCUCAUACCAAAAGAGGUAUUAUAUAUGAUGUGGGCUGGACUUUUAAGGUGCCUUGAACCCAAACAAUACACUGAUAUAUGCUUUAAUCUGAAAAAGACAAAUGUAUUGGGUUAAACGGGAACUGGGUGAGUUCAGGCUACAGAGCAAGAGUGGUAAAGAAAGCAUUAACUUUCAUUUCCUUGACACGCAAACAGAAACAAGGCUCUCUGCUCUGAAGUCUUUCCACUUUCAGUGACCAUCUUUGCAUGCAUGACUCCAAAUUUUCACCAAAACAAUGUGCGUUUUUUCUGAGAUUCAUAGCAUUUCAAGUCUCUGCUUGUUGUUUCUUCACUAUCCUCUACCUAUUCAACUCAUUUUAGGUUUCUGAAGUACCAAGUAAAGUAUUGAUGUCUACUUGUAAUGGCCCAAAGGUCUCUCACAUGUGGAGGAACUUCUGAUUAAUUUGAGUUCUUAAGUGAUUUUGAAACUUGUGUUCCUAUAAAUCCUUUGAAAAAUCAAAUUAUAACGCAUGAUGGGUUUGUUUAAUCCACCUAUGCCUACAAAACAACGAGGUUUUGGAUCUUCCUCCAACUCUAGCAGAGCUUGUGGUGCAUUUGUGCGUCAGUGUGUUCCAAGUGAAGCUAAGGGUAGUAAUGCCACUGUAAUGCGUGAUAAAAGUGCUUCUAGAUUCAAUAAGCCUAGUGCUCCUAAUAGCAGUGCUAAGGAUAUGCACAAAGUGCUAAGCUUUGGUCGAUCAAUUUCUGCUUCUUCUAAUGUCAGUGUUUUAGGUAAGAAGAGGAAGCCCAUGGAAGAAUGCAAGCCAUUGGUUUCAGAUGAGAAAUGUGAUGGAACUUCCAAAAGAACUAGCGUGAGCUAUACAUACAAACAAAAUGAGGAUGUUGUGAAUCAAAAGCUUAGAGUUUGGUCCAAGUAUUUCAAACCUAUUGUUAGUCCUCGAAAGAAAGUGGAGGCGGCUCUGAAUCUAUUUAGAGAGUUGUUGAGCAAGCGCAUGAGAGAAAUGAAAGCAGAGUCAGACUUCAAAAGUGGGGCAACCAGGGCUGCUUAUAUGGAAGUGGCAAAGGAUCUUCAAUGGGAACGAAAAUGGGUUAACGUAGACAAACGGAUAGGACCUGUUCCUGGAAUUGAAGUUGGUGACAAGUUUGAGUGUGCAACUGAACUGAAUGUUAUUGGUCUUCAUCGACAAUUUCAGCGCGGUAUUGAUUACGUGAUGAAGGGUAAACAAAAAUUGGCCACAAGUAUUGUUGCUUCCGGUCGAUAUGCCAAUUACAUGAGAUCACCUGAGGUAUUGGUUUAUAUAGGUCAAGGUGGGAAUCCAAGGGCUGGAAAAAGUGAACCAAAAGAUCAGAAGCUUGAGCGUGGAAACCUUGCUUUGAAGAAUAGUAUGGAAGCCGGAACUCCUGUAAGGGUAAUUCGAGGCUUUGAAAGUUCUAAGUCUUCGAAAAACAUGAUAUACAUCUAUGAUGGCUUGUAUGUUGUGGAUGAAUUUACACAAGGAAGAGGAGAAUUUGGCAAGCUUGUAUUCAAGUUCGAGUUGAUAAGGAUUCCGGGGCAACCGAAGCUUACUAUAUAGGAGAUAAAUGUGGAAAUGUUUUCUAGUUUUGCAAUGCUAAGUAGAUGUUUUCUGUUUUGUUUUUUGUUUUGCUUUCAAAUCAGUAGGGAUUUCUCUGUUUUGUAAACUUAGCUUUAUUCAGUUGAAGUCGUUUCUUUAAGUGUUUGAUAAA